AUGAACAGAGGCUACAGUUACAUAUCGCUUACGGAUUUUCCUGGCGAAUGUCUCUACGAAAUCUUUCUAUACCUAAAAAAUGAUAAUGAUUCACUUUUCAAUUGUUUGAUGGUAAAUCGUAAUUGGUGCCGUCAAGCAAUUCCUUUGUUAUGGCGUAAACCAUUCAGAAAACAUCCUGAUGUUACAAUGCCAUUUUUACUCAUCCGCACAUAUUUAUCUUGUCUUUCCGAUAGCGCAAAAAAACGUUUAAGUGCUGCCGGUUGUAGACAUCGUGCUCUAUUAUCCAAACCUUUAUUCCCUUAUCCUCUAUAUUUACGUGAACUGGAUUUCGCUGAACUAGAUUAUGCUUUGGAUAUUUGGUUAAGCUAUGGAUUAGAGUAUGAAUAUGAACCUCCAACUUUGAGGCAUGUACUAUCCACUGAAGUAUAUAAUUUAUUUUUCACUCAUUGCAAAAGUUUAUGGAAUUUGAGGAUUGGUCAAUGGGAUGACGAAUAUUCCGUAAUGGAUAUUGCUCAAAUUGUAAGAGCUCCACAAACUCUCUCUACUCUUCGUCACUUUGAACUUUGUGGUGACUUUGAUUGGUUAACUUAUGAAGAUCUUGAUAACCUUUCAAAUAUUUUGACUAUAAUGUCCCAUUUUACUUUUGAUCUUCAAUCUUUAAAGAUCGAUAUGUCUUUGGAUGAGGAUAAAUGUUUACUAAAACGUUUAAGAAGGUUAAUCAAAGCUCAAUCCGCUUUAAAAUCUUUUAUAUAUUCCCAAAAACAUGGUUGUGUUAUGGACACUAAAUCUAUCAUGAUGGCGUUGACAACUCAAUCAAAGAACCUUGUAAAUUUGGUUCUUGAUGAUAUUCCCUUAAAUAUGGCGUGCCUAAAAUUCUUAGAAAAGUUUAAUAACUUGAAAACUAUACGGUUCAUGUUCUGUAAUAUUAAAAGUAGCGAAGUUAAUUAUUGUAAAGAUACCGGAAAAUUUAUCGAUGUUGUUCCAGAUGAGGAUGAUGCUGAAGGUAAUGGUGACGAACC